UACCAUCCUUACUUAUUCCUUGUCUAGUUUGUUUUUUGCUUGAAUUUUCUCAACUUUGCUCAAGUGUUUCCAUUGCCAACUAGUUACGUCUUUAUUUAAACAAGUUCGGCUAGCAGAGGAGAGCCUGAGGAUAGCUCAAGCCUAAAUCAAAACCAGACACGACGGACGCGAUGACCCAAAAAGGUUCAAAUCCCAAAGCAUUAGGCAAGCCAAAAGGAUCUCUCAAUGCUCCUAUUGCAGCUUUUACAAUGGCUGUCAUCCUUUGUUCAUACUGUUUUAGCUCUAUCCGCACUGCGCGGCGAGAUGCCCAGAUCCAAGCUCCGGGGCCCGGUUCUUAUCAGCGAGCUACGCCAUUAGAGAGAAAAGAUGAGUCCUGGGUUCAACAAGCACUUGAUGAGAGUCGAGCACAGAAUGGUGGGAAGGGACGACCUUGAGGUGUAUCUACAGACAUAUAUAUGUUGAAAGGUGUCUUGUGUACAUGUAUAAUAUAGAUUGAAUCCACUACAACAGUGUUUGAUGAUA